AAGGGUAAAGGUGCAGGCAGUUUGGGGCAUGUGGUUAGUCUUCCGCUUUCUCUACACGAGGGCCCUGCGGUGGUAGUCAUGCCCGUGGGAUAGAGGUGGUUGCUUCCCGCGUCCCCUUCCCACACGCGCGCGGCGAGAGCAUGGCGAGAGCCGAGCGAGAGCAGAAAGAGCUGCUGGCUCUGAUGCACCAUCAGUUGGUCCAGAUGGGUUAUGAGAGAGCCGCCGAGGAGUUGCUGGAGCAGAGCGGCCAGACGUCUUUCCCAUCAACUCAUAUUUCUCUGAGAGAGAUCAUCACUCAGUGGAAAAGGGAUUUCUCACAACUUCCGAAACAAAAGAGAGGCAUUCCAGCAAAGCUCAGAAUUCCUGACCCCAAGAGCAGUUCUGAGAGCUCAGAGGAGGAAGAGGAAGAAGAAGCAGCACAAACCAUACAAACUCAUCUGGGUGUGAAUAACGGCACCAAGCCAACAAAGACGGUAACUAAAGAAGAGAGUAGUAGCAGCGAAGAUUCAGAUUCAUCUUCUGAAGAGGAAGCAGUUGCCAAAAAGACUGAGAAAACCCCUGUGGCUGGAAAAAAACCUGAAUCGUCCAAUCAGAAUACUAAUUCUGUCCCAGGAAAAGGGGUGACUGUUGCUGCCGCCCAAGCAAAAGGAGAGCAGAACAAAGCUGCUUCAAAUAAGGCCCUGACUCCAGCUGCAAGAAAAGCAGGGGCAAAUAAAGGCCUUUCUAGUAAAGCAGGACCUCCUUUGCAGUCACGGAUUUCAGGCGAACAAAAAACAACACAGACCCCAAAGACAGCAGAGUCCUCUGAAAGCAGCAGCAAUAGCAGCUCAUCGGAGAGUGAGGAAGAAACAACUUUGACCACAGUAAAAAUCCCACCUUCCAAACCAACUUUAAAGAAGGCGGUGAGCACAAACAAGGAUUCAAGUGAUGAUUCUGACUCUGAAGAUGAGACAAAAGCACCAACCGUCCAAAUUAAAGCAGCUGUGCAAAAUUCCCUGAUCAGUAGCCCACUGCUGAACAAGUUGCCAGUCACUCCUGGCUCUUGUGCAAGAAAUACAGUAAAGGUAACAACAGCAAAGCCAGCCAGUGCAAAAUCUGGAAAUGCAAACAGAAGCCCAGAAUCAACAGAUACUUCAGAAACUACUGACUCAUUGGAUAAUGAAACUAAAGCACCUGCUUCAGUAUCACAGUUAAAAUUAUCUCAAAAAAAUCCUCAGGCCUUCAAAACAGCAGCAAAAAAUGCAGCAUCAAGCCCAUUGAAGAAGACAGUUUCUGCUUCUGUUCCAUCAAAAUCCACGCAGAAGGCCCCCACGACCAGCUUAUCAAAGCCACCACCCCCUUCAAAAGAAGUCCAGAGCUCAGACAGCAGUGAUUCCUCAUCUGAGAGUGAUAGUGAGAUUCCGCCGGUUCCCAUAAGUCAGAAGGCCUUAAAAACAACAGAGAAAAACGCAGCAUCAAGUCCAUUAAAGAAGGCAGUUUCUGCUUCAAUUACACCAAAAUCCUCUCAGAAGACUCCCACAACCAGCUUAUCAAAGCCUCCUGCAAAAGAAGCCCAGAGCUCAGACAGCAGCGACUCAUCAUCUGAGAGUGAGAGUGAGACUUUGCCCGUUCCCAUAAGUCAGAAGAGAUUGUCAACACCACGCCCUUCUGUGAAGGCCAGACAAAACCAGGCCAAUCAGCCUGAGAUCUUACCCAAAGCUGUACCAGGUGUUUUGAAGGAGAAGGAAGCACAGAAUGAAAGCAGCACCUCCUCUGACAGUGAGGAUGAAACUGACCUUACACCAUGCAAACUGCCAGCUCCAUCUACCCCCAAAGCAACUCCUGCAGCUAAUAGUGUAUGUACAGUGAAGCCCCAGCCUCCAAAGGAAUUGCCUCAGAAAGCCCAGCGGAGCGAUGAUAGUAGUGAAGAUUCAAGUGAUGACUCUGAUUCGGAGGAAGAUAGAGUGGCUGCUCAGAAACCAGCUCAGGUAACACAUAAACCUGGUACCAAUCACGUGAAAAGUGUGACAGCCAAGAAUGCAGGGCUCACAUCAAGCAAACCUCAGCCAGCAGGGAAAGGGGGGAGAACCUCAACAACAGCAGGAACUGUCCCUGUUCCAAAAGCCUCUGAGAGCUCAGAGAGCAGCAGCUCCGAUUCUUCAGAUAGCAAAGAAGCUGAGAAGCCAGCAAAGCAGCCUCCUAUUCACCCUUUUUUUAAGCUGGUGGCUGGAAAAGCAGCCAGUUCUUCAGGAAAGCUUGUACAGACCAACUUAAAUACACCCAAUGCUGCUUCCACCAAACCCCAGGGAUCUGCCACAAAAGCAACAGGGAAAGAAGAACAAAUUGCCUCUCCCAAGGUUAAACCAAGCCAGGGACAGGCUCUGACUGCUACGCCCUCUGGAAUCACUAAACAUAAGGAGAGCUCCUCAGACAGUUCCUCGGACAGCAGUGAGGAAGAAGCAGAAGCUUCGACAACAGCCAAACCUCAGGCGCAGCCUGCCACCCAGCAGAAACAAGAGGCAAAAAAAGAGUCAGAGAGCUCAUCUGAGGAGUCCAGUGAUGAAGAACAAGAAGCUUCUCAGUCUCUUUUAACGGGGCUAUCAGGUCCUCACAAGAUCCAAGCAUCCACUGUGGUAGCAAGUCCUCUGCUCUCCAAACAGGGUUCUGUUGGUGCUCAAGCAAAGUCUUCUGGGAAGCCAGCACCUCCUGGCAGCACGUCAUCAACUGACAGUUCUUCAAGCGAUAGCGACACUGAGAAAACUGUCACACCGAAAAAAGAGACCACCUUGUUGCCUUCUUCUGGAAAGGAAGCAGCAGCUGCUAAGGGAAAGGGGGCAGGGAAACGGGGGCUGAAAAGCAGCAGCUCCAAGCCUCCCCCAGCAAAGAAAGCUGCAACAAAGGCUCAGAGCAGUGGCCAAGGCCAAGAGACAUCUGCUGUACAGUUGCCAGAGUCAAUCUCCCCAUCGUUCAAAGCGCUCCUCGGGAACAAAGAGCAGGACACGCAACAAGGUACCCCAGAAGGGGCCCAGGCUAACCCUGUGGCCAAGGCCAAGGCAUCGAAAAAUGAGAAAAAAGAGAAGCCAUCCAAGAAACGGAAACUGGCAGAUGGGAACACUGGCUCUAAGGCUUCAAAGGGCAAGAAGCUUAAAAUGCAGAGUGCGGAAGAGACACCGUUAAAAAAGAAGAAAAAGAAAUCCAAGUCUUCAGACAGCAUCAAAUCAACAAAGAAAAAAGACAGCAAAGAAAAGAAGUCUGAUAAAAAGAAAAAGAAGAGCAAAAAUGUUGAGAGACUUGAUGCAGAUGGGUCACAGAAGAAAAAGAAGAAAAAGAAGAAAACGGAUAACCUUCCAGAGGAAGCAUGAACAUUGGCUUUGUAAUUCAACAUGAAGAAUGGAAGUACAUUAAUUAGCAGAGAAUUAUUCAUUUAUAUUUUUCAACAAAACCAAAUGUCAGAGAUUGAAUUUAAUUUAUAACUAUUUUUACUGAUGACUUUUAAAGCUGAGAAACUGUGAUUCAAGUGACCUGGAUGUGGGCUUGGUAGAAGGAUACAACUUGUAUCAUUAAGUGAAAGGAUCUGGAUGUCUGAAGGGAUCUCUCAGAAGAGUCACGUACAGAGAAAAAAGUUGGCUUUGUUUACUGAAAUAUUUUUAAAUUGCUGUUUCUCUUUCCUUUUUUUCCUUUUCCUUGACACUUGAGAGUUAUAUUUUUAAAGAAACACCAUAUCCCUUCACUCCUGCUACUUUUUUUUUUUAAAUCAACUUUUUAUUUUCAUUUUUAAGAAGGGACAUCUUUUGUCUCUCAUUAUGUCCAGCAUGUAGUAAAUUGUGUUGUCGCUGGAUUGGCUUUCUGUCUCAUCCUUCCUCUUUUUAUUAAUAAAAAGAUAAAAGAUUUUGACUGGAAAAA